GAACGGAUUUAACCAGGGGAAGGCUAGGGUUCUAAAGCCUCGGGAAUUUCUUCUUCUCCGCUGCUGCUCCUCCCGUGCCGCCGCCGUCUCGCGCCAGUGCGUCUCUUCCUCGCGCGGCGAUCAUGGCGGAGCAGACUGAGAGGGCAUUCUUGAAGCAGCCUAAGGUUUUUCUCUGUCCUAAGAAAACCACCAAGGGGAAGAAGCCUGGCAAGGGCGGGAAUAGGUUCUGGAAGAACAUUGGCCUUGGGUUCAAGACACCCAGGGAAGCCAUCGAAGGAACCUACAUUGACAAGAAAUGCCCAUUCACUGGUACUGUAUCAAUUAGGGGUCGUAUCAUAGCUGGAACAUGUCAUAGUGCUAAGAUGAACAGGACCAUUAUUGUUCGGAGGAAUUAUCUGCACUUUGUCAAGAAGUACCAGAGGUACGAGAAGAGGCACUCCAAUAUUCCUGCUCACAUUUCACCGUGCUUCCGUGUUAAGGAAGGAGAUCACGUGAUCAUUGGCCAGUGCAGGCCACUGUCAAAGACCGUGAGGUUCAAUGUGCUGAAGGUCAUUCCGGCAGGGUCAAAGAGUGGUGCAGGGAAGAAGGUUUUCACAGCCGCUUAAGAUGUAUAUGAGGAGAUAUUCAGGGUUCUGAAAGCUUUGAUCAUGAGAUUUUGAUGCCACCUAGAUGUCUUUCUCGUGUCUACCAUCUUGACUAGACAAGAGUUUACCUUUCUGUACUAGGAAUUUGACUUGACUUUACUUGUCAAGCUUAAAAUCUUAAGAAGUUUCUGCGCCCAUGUCUGUCUGUGUACUGAUCGUUUUCCCAUUCAAUCAACAUAUAGUUUGUAGAAUGCUUGACGAUGUGAAGAUCUAUCAAAAAAAAAAAAAGCUCGUCUCCCCAA